GGUUAAUGGAGAUUUUCUGGGAUAAUCUAGAACAAGGGCUUGCUGGUUAAAUACAAGUGGUUACACAAUUAAGAUGGCUAAGACAUAGUCUUUGAAUAUCAUCAGUUUUUGGAACAUUCUCUUUCUCAAAGGGUAGGGCAGAGUUAUACAGUAUAGAUAUUUGUGUAAGAUUAGGUUGCAGAUUAGCUGUGAUCUUAAUGUGGGGGAGGUUUAAGAAGCAAAGAGGUUUUCUGUGGCUCCUAAUUCAUAUGUACAUUGCCAAUAAAUUGUGAGAUGUCAUUUGACACUUCACAGUUUGUUUAAAGAAAAGAGGAAACAAGUUUUCACAACUUGUUACAGUGAAGUAGGGUCACUUCCUUUUGAAAAUUGCAAAGAAUAAAGGGUAACAGCAUGUAAGUUACAUAUACAAGAUUAAGCUCACUACCACUUUUGACAGUGUGAUCACCACAUUUAAGAGAUGAGAACUGACCAGUUAUCUCCACUUUGGCUGGCUAUUUUGUUUUCAUCAAAAACAAAUAUUUUUGACUGGGAUGACAUUGCUUAUGAAGUUUAUAAUCAUAGUUUGCAAUUAUGUCAGACUGAUGAAUCUGUAAUUAUUAGGUCCAUUCCUUUUCCCCAGUUUUAAACAAAGUCAUUGUAUCAGUAACUCCUAUACCUCUGCAUACGUCUGGAGCCAAAACAUAUUGGAAGAUUCGUAAAAGGCUGGGAUACAUUUUAGCAACAUACAUCAAAGUUGCUGGUGAAUGCAGCAGGCCAAGCAGCAUCUAUAGGAAGAGGCGCAGUCGACGUUUCAGGCCGAGACCCUUCGUCAGGACUAACUGAAGGAAGAGAGAAAUCUUACAAAGCUGUCACUGAUCUUUAGCCACAUGCUUGCGGAAAUUAAAGCCAUAUUCCCUUUUGGACAUUUUCAAGGUGACAUCUUUCGCAUCACUAAAGCAGAUGCUGCAGAAUUUUGGAAACGUGCCUUUGAUGACAAGACCGUUGUACCCUGGAAAGUCUUUAGACAGUGCCUUCAUGAAGUUCAUUCUAUCAGCUCUGGUUUGGAAGCCAUGGCUCUAAAGUCUACAAUUGAUUUAACUUGUAACGAUUACAUUUCAAUCUUUGAAUUUGAUAUCUUUACCAGGCUAUUUCAGCCUUGGGCCUCUAUUUUAAGAAAUUGGAAUUUCUUGGCUGUGACCCACCCUGGCUACAUGGCUUUUCUUACGUAUGAUGAGGUGAAAGCUCGGCUCCAAAAAUAUAUCAAUAAACCUGGCAGCUACAUCUUUAGGCUCAGUUGUACCCGACUUGGCCAAUGGGCUAUUGGCUAUGUAACAAAUGAUGGAAACAUCUUGCAGACCAUUCCACACAAUAAACCACUUUUUCAAGCGCUAAUAGAUGGAUGCCGAGAAGGAUUUUAUUUAUACCCAGAUGGACGAAGUUACAAUCCAGAUCUAACUGGAUUAUGUGAACCAACACCUCAUGAUCACAUAAAGGUUACACAGGAACAAUAUGAGCUCUAUUGUGAGAUGGGUUCUACAUUUCAGUUGUGUAAAAUCUGUGCUGAGAACGAUAAGGAUGUGAAGAUUGAACCAUGUGGUCACUUGAUGUGCACAUCUUGUCUGACGGCAUGGCAGGAAUCUGAUGGUCAGGGCUGCCCGUUUUGCCGUUGUGAAAUCAAAGGUACAGAACCAAUUAUUGUUGAUCCCUUUGAUCCAAGAGAUGAUGGAGCCAAAUGUUGCCUAGACAAUUUUAAUAUGCCAAUAUUGGACCUGGAUGAUGAUGAUGAUCGUGAUGAUUCACUGAUUAUGAACAGGCUAGAAUCAUUUGGAAAGUGUACAGAAAGACAGGUAUCUCCUGUGUCCUCACCAAACUCAUCGCCUGUUGCACUACGCCGAAAAGCUGCUCCAGAUCCACUUCAAAUUCAACAUCUCAAUCUUCCUCCAGUGCCACCUCGGUUAGAUCUCAUUCAGAAAGGAGUGGUUCGGUCACCUUGUGCUAGUCCCACUGGUUCACCAAAGUCUUCUCCAUGCAUGGUUCGAAAACAAGACAAGCCUCUCCCAGCACCACCACCACCCCUCAGAGAACCCCCUCUUCCACCUGAGAGACCACCGCCCAUCCCACCAGAAAGCAGAGGUGCACGCUCACUACAUCCUUCUGGUGUCGCUUCUGUCAGGGACCAGCACGCAAUACAUGAAGCAAGAUGCCCCAGGGAUGCACAUAGUUCUACCACGUCAGCAGACUGCAGGUCUGGAUGUGAUCGAUCUCCUAAAUCUGGCCACACACCACCUGUUAAUUUAAAUACCAGAUCAAGCUGGCAAUUUACAGAUCCAAGUUUUCCAUGCAAACCCAGCAGGCGCCAAGAUACAACAUAUGAUAGUACAAAGACACUCACCAAUGGACUUUUGCGUACUGACGAGUAUGAUAUUCCACCUCUACGACAGUCUCCACCACCACCAACGCUUGCAGCAUUUUCCAACAGCACAAAACAAUCCCAUCUAUUCACAAAUUUACAGACAAACUCCGAAAAAUCAAGAGUGUUUAAUGAGGACAAUGAAGAUGAAUACAAGAUCCCUUCAUCAUAUCCUCUGUCCAUAUCUACGCAUUCCACUCACUUACAAACUGUGAAACCACGGAUUUCAAGAGUGUUUGAAAAUGGACAAUGCGCUAACGGAACUCACAAUAGCACAACUGAAGCAAAGAAACCAAAAGCAUUGGAAAUAGAUGAUAUCUUUGAGGCUUCUUUUGUUCCAGCUCCAUUACCACCAGCUAGAGUUCCUGCAAGAGACAACCCAAAACCAAGUUGCUCUUCUCUGAACAGAACACCUUCAGAUUAUGAUCUUCUGGUUCCUCCACAAGCAAGUGAUAAUGCAUUUGACAGCCCACCUCCUUCACUGCCUCCUCCACCUCCUCCUGUUCGUGUUAGCCUGCCAGAUCUGCCCAGGUCAUCUGGUUCAGGCAGCAGACCCACAUCUGGUCAUGACUCCUUCCAUUUCAGUGCAGUAGAUGCUGCCUUUGACGCCCCGAGUAUUUCUGUACCUGUGCCACCUGCUAGAAGGACAGUUGAAGAAAAUCAGAAAUCUAAUAGGACAUCACAAGACUAUGACCAGCUCCCAUCACUGACAGAUUCUUCACAAGCACCAGCCAGACCUCCUAAACCACUUCCCCGCAAGACUGCACCAGACGGUUACCACAAAAAAACUCAUGUUCAAGAACCAACCUCUUUGCAGAGCAGCCAAUCGGAAGAAAAUGUGGAUGCAAAAAUUGCAAAACUCAUGGGUGAAGGCUACUCGUUUGAAGAUGUAAAACGAGCUCUUUUGAUAGCUAGUAACAAAGUAGAGAUGGCAAGAGAUAUUUUAAGAGAAUUUGCCAGCUUUCCUCCUAUUUCUCCACGUCUUAAUCCGUAGCAAUGGCUGUUCGCAUGUGAGUGGAAAACCCAGAGAAUAGGCUUCUGAGUUUCACAAGAGCAUUGAAUUUUAAAGUAACAUUCAACAAUCAGAACAAUUUUGAACCAACUGUGUGGAGCCUACUUCUGCGGCUUUCUUGGGAAGGUUUCUAAUAAAAGAUAGCGAUGAUACCUAUGUAUUUUUGUUAGCCAUAAUGUUAAAAAUCAGGGUUCAACUGAGAAGAAGAAAGUUUACUGUUUCACUCCUGUGAAUUGCUUGAGAUCUCUGCUGCUUAUCAUUAUCAACAGAUUUUUUUUUUGAGUAUCAUCUGAACUUCCUUGUUUGAGAUAAUACAGCCUUGUCAGCCUAAGUACUUAUUAUGUCUGGAAAAUGGGAACCAGUCACUUCUGCUUCAGUAUUUCUUUUAUGUCAUCUGCACUGAUGGGGACACACUGUUGGUUUGACCUCUUCCUCCCUCCAUCCCAUUGUCCAGUCUAAAACACAGACUAAAUGAAGAUGCUUUAAUUUGCUGCAUUACAAUCUAUUCAACAGGUGCAAACAGCAUGUGGCCUUCACUACUGAGUCUUUUCUGAGAUAGUGAAAUUUCUUUAUUAAAAAAACUACUUUCUGAAUGUAAAGUACAUAUAUUUGUCUAUGUAUAUUGCCUUUUAAGGUAAUUUUUGACAGUAACCUUUGCAAUUUCCCAUUGUGCACAGCCUUUACUGCAUUUAUUACAUCCGUUUCCGUUCCUAUGAGGCAGCCAAUUCAUCUAUAUUCUGAUGGAACAAAACUGAUUUUGAAGUUUCUGGUUAAUGCAACAAAAAAGUUAACCUAUUUUUAUGAAUUGUAACAUCAUUAAUGGAAUCAAUUUUGAAGUAAAAAUGUUUGCCUUUUUAUAUUUUUAAAUCAUUUAUAAUGCUGGAUAUAGAAAAGCAAAAGCAACAGAGGCAAUGCACAAGAUCUAUACACACUGAUGAUGGCCAACUGAAUGUAAAACUCUGCCUGCAUUCAAUUGUGUGCCAAUAUAUUGAUGGAACUGUGUAGCAGAGGUAGAGUCUUGGUUUCUUGGUUUUGCUGUAUUUGUUUGUGCCGGAGGUGGCGGGGAGCAAUACAGUUGUUUUCAUUACUAGCAUCAGUAUCCUCUUUAGGAAAAAGUAUGAGUGAAGUCACUUUUCCAAGUCUGGUAUCACUGUAAAUUAGAAUUGAUAAUGGAUAACUAUUCAAAUUAAACAAAGGAAUACAUCUUGCACUGUUAAUAUUGUGUCAAAUAGCAUUGCAGCUUUGAAAUGAUCAGUACCCUUGUUAGUUCGAGAUGUUUAUUUCUUUCCUUGCAUCUAAUAAUGGAUAAUAAAAGAACUUGUUCCUGUUGAUGCCUUUCUCUAGGUUACCAUGGUGAAAGAAAUGGUAAAUAAGCAUUACCUUGUACCAUAAUUUCUAGUGGAUUUUAAACUGAGCGCAAAUCUCUUGUCAUUAUAUGUAAAUCAUGGUUCUUUUGUAAAUUAUGUUCGACAAUGACAUUACAGGAAAUUGGUUUACUUCAUUGCUUUAGGACUUUAUAGUUAAACCCUUAAUUGCAAUUGAAAUUCUUUCAACUUCUCUGUAAUAGGAGCUGUACAAUUUUAAGAUGCCUUGAUGUAAACUCACUCACAGGUCAACUAAAAGUAUUAAUACUUCCUGCCAAGGUCUUGAUAUUAUUAAAUAUGUACAGUACAUUUUCUCUAAAUCAUAGCAACUCUAUAAUUACAGUACCUUGAUUUCAGUUUCUUCUUUAGUGGGUUGUCUCAGCUGCAGACUUAAAUUAUGUUUUAUGGUUUAAUAAUGCCCCCUACUGGAAUGCUAACAAAAUAUUGUUGAUGAUAAUCUUAAACAAUGAGGUAACUAAGAGGGAAUAAUGCAGUGUAUUUGCAUUUUUAAUGUGUUUAUUGGUGCAUUAAUGUAUUUGACUCUCCAUAGCUUCCUCUAGGUUCGAUGCAGUGGAAGCAGAAUUGUGUUGAAUGGACAAAUCACUUUAGUCUCCCAUUAUACACCUCCGUUAUGAUUUUCAUUUCUAUUUGAUAUUGAUGUUAUGGUAUUGUUCAAGGUCAUAAUGAUCCCAGUCACCGAUGUCAUGCCAUGGCCAAUCAAAGUACUGCCUGUCAUUAGGGGAUGGAAGUGCAGUUUGCCUUCCCUUUGCACAUAAUAAUUCCUGCUAGUGUAGUGGAGUAUUGCUGCUUUUCCAUAGAAGUUACUUAAAGUAGUAAGUCAUUUAAAUAUUAUAGUAUUUACAUCAGCAACCAAUAUUGGCAUUAUAUUACUUUGUAUUUAAAACAUUUUUCUGAGACAGAGGCAAAUAAUUUGUAACAGUCAUGGCUGGCAUCAAAACUCUGCAAUGGGUACAUAUUUAGCUGAGGGUUGACCUUUAUGGUUUCUUGUCUUACUAUUUCAGUCUAAACAUUAGAAAUUCAUAGGAAAAUAAUUUUGAAAUCAAGAUCAAGAGUGGCACUUACCAUGCCAAAUAACUUGUUUAAAUAAAUGUGAAUAACAUUCUUUUGCCAAGCACGUUUAUUGGAUAUUUCUGAAAUUCGGGUUUUGUUCAUUUUCAACUGGAGGCUAUUUAGUCCCUUUGCACUGGUGAGUUUGUUGGCUUCCUUGUGUAUUUUCCUUAAGCCUUUGUGUGUAAAUGUUUGAAGCUUAAAAACUAAAAUAUGCUUUAAAGGCAAAAUAGAGAGGUUUCACUUUCAAGGCACAUGUAGCUGGAGCUGUAUGUGUUUGUAGGCUGGAAGUGCUGCACAAGUCUGUAAUACUUCUGGAUGUCUAAUCAAUGGAGUUUUUUUCCAUUUGGUCUUUACGUGGAACCCAUGUACCCUCUAAAAUGGAAGCAUUCUGUGAAAAAAUGUAUAGUCCUGGUUAUAGCUGGUUGUAGGUACUAGCUGUCCUGCAGAGGAAAGUAAAUAGUUUGCAUCAUAAGCCUAGAGAAAGUUGACAAUCACACCUCACCCCUCUGCAUUUAUAGUAGGUUCACUUAUGUCGAACGUGCUCAAAGUGUGUGUGCAUUUUUUAAAUGGUGAACAAAAUCUUUUGUGGAAUAUUUUCUGGUGCAGUUAUCUCAUUGUUGCUCUGUGAUUGAGCUAAACAGCAGCUCUUUAUCUCUGUGAAGUAAUGCAGUGCGCUACCAAGUAUUGCCUCCAGAUGGAAGCUUCUUCAUUCUGUUGGUGGAGUUCAUUGAAAUCAGGUACAGUACCCCUUUUCUCUGAACUCACGUUUUAAAAAAGGCAGUAGUUUCUUAGACUUCAUUUUAACUCAACGUUGUGUUGAAAAGAAUGCCUUUCUAUUUGUCUAACAUGGCAAACUAUUAAUGUGUGCAAUUAAUUUAUAUUUUAUUCAACAUCCUUUUUAUCUUUCAAUUUUAAGUAUUCAAUCUUUAUCUGUUCAUGUAAAAUAUUUUAUAAAAUCAGUAUUAACAAAUAAAUUGUG